GCUCCGAGUGUCAGGGGGUGGGGAGAGCCUCAUAACUCCCCUCUCUCUCGCUUGUCACUUCUCAAGAGACAGAGCCACGCAGAUGCGACCCUCCCUCUCCCUCUUUUCUCUCUCCCGCGCUCUACAUAAACCAACAAUGCCACGUCCUUCAAAUUGGAAGUCGCUCGCUCCUCAGCUAAGUUUUCACCCUCCGGAGCCUCCCCUCCCCAGGCUGCCUGUGCUCCCCUUGGAAGAGACGAUCACCAAGCUCAAGCGCUCUCUUCACCCCUUGCGCGCGAACGAAGAGCAGUACAUAACCGCAUGCAAGAAACUGGACGAAUUCUCCCGCCCUGGAGGGGUGGGACGGAUGCUGCAGCAAAGGCUGGAGGAGAGAGAGAGACUAGGUGCAUUGGGGGAAGAUGGAGGCGAGGCGGGGGGACACUGGCUUGAGCGCUGGUGGGACGAUGGUGCAUAUAUGGCAUACAGGGACUCGAUUGUCGUCAAUGUUUCCUACUACUACGGCUUCACUCCCCAACCCGCGCACCUCCCCUCCCACCCUGCGUACUGCGCCGCCUCCCUCACUCGCGGAGCCCUCCUCUUCCGUCGCGCACUGUAUGCAGGCAAACUGGCACCGGAUAGCGUGAAGGAGGGGCCUCUAUGCAUGGACGCCUAUAGGUGGAUGUUCGACUGCUGUCGUGUCCCUGGUGUUCCAGCGGAUUGGGCGGUGAGCUAUGCCCAGGAUCUUGCGGUACAGGGAAAGCCGGGGCAUGUGAUCGUCAUACGAAGGAAUAGGUUCUGGAAGAUCGAGGUCGGGGACGUUAAUGAGGAGAUCUUGAGUACUUCGGAUCUGGAGCGUCAAUUCCAACACAUCUACACCCACAUGACAGCUGACGGACCCGCAGUCGGUAUUCUCGGGGGCAACGACCGCGACACCUGGUCGUCCGACUACGAGCGCCUCUCUCUCUCCCCGUCUAACGCCUCCCUCCUACAUGCUCUUCAAUCAGCCGCCUUCGUCGUUUGCCUCGACACCGAGCGGCCAGAGAGUAUCAUAGAUUUCUCUCGCGCGUGCUGGCAUGCAGGGACUUCGGGCGUCUCCUGGGGAAAUAGGUGGUACGACAAGCCUCUCCAGUGGAUCGUGUUCGACAACGGCAGGGCAGGAUUCAUGGGUGAACAUAGUGUGAUGGAUGGUACACCCACUGUCAGACUAUGCGACGCUGUCGUGCGAGGCCUACAGCGUCCGGACUUCGAUAACGGCUCGGUGUCUCCUACUCCACUGCCGAACCCGGAGGAGCUGGAAUGGCACCUCACCUCCGCGGACCAUUCAGCAAUCCUCAGCGCCACCGAGUCAUUCUCCACACUCAUACACUCGCAAGCGAUGAGCUACCACUGCACUUCCUACGGGAAAGCAGAGAUCAAGAAGUUCUCCGUAUCCCCCGAUUCCUGGGCGCAGAUGCUGAUCCAGCUCGCGCACGCGCGGGUGUUCCCAAGCCCGCCGGUAGGGACGUACGAAGCCGCCACUACUCGGCGAUUCGAGCGCGGGAGGACGGAAACGAUCAGGACAGUAAGCGAGGAAACUAGGCUUUGGGUGGAGAGUAUGCUGGACCCUGCGGUGGGGGACGAAGAGAAGAGGAAGAGGUUUAGGGAAGCGUGUGCCAGGCAUAUCGCCCUGGCAAGGGAAGCGGGCGCAGCCAGGGGAGUUGAUAGGCAUAUGUUUGGGCUGAAACACCUUCUGCGUGAAAACGAACCCAUGCCGGAAAUCUACACCGACCCACUCUAUCAGCGUGGUUCCACUUGGGUGCUCUCGACCUCGGCGAUAUUUAGCGAGCAUUUCCCGAGUUAUGGCUGGGGCGAGGUCGUUAGAGAAGGGUUUGGAGUCGCUUACAUGACCGGGUAUGAUGAUAGGAUCCAGUUCACGAUCACUUCGAGGAAGGAGAUGCCCAACGCAAGGUUUUGCGAGGAGAUCGAGAAGGCCGCGGAGGAGGUCAAGGACCUGUUCGAGAGGGAGAAACAGGACGGGAAGGCGAAGCUUUGACUUUGACGUUGAGCGGGAGAGGAGAGAGAAAUGGGAGUGUCAUCUGGACUGGGCAGACGAGGGAUGAGGUGGAAUAUAGAAGGUGGAAUAGACCUGGAGACAAU